GGGGUAGAGCAGCGGCAAAGGUCGUAUUAAAGGGGGAGGGGAAGUAUCCACGACCUUAUCCAUGUUAAUCAUUCAACUUCAAUCGCGAUAAAGCAGUGUAUCCUGUGUUUCGACGUGACUUACUUUAUUUUAGAGUCAUUGACAUAGACAUUGUAUCCUUUCGAAACCGGAAGAACCGACUAGUACCAUUAACAUUAUCAGUGGUUACACUUAAUAUAGUCCACAAGAAUUACCUUCAUCAUCAUCAGUGGUUAUACUUUCACUUAUAGUUGUUAAGAGAAGAAAAAUGGUAAUCACGACCGCUACUCUGGCGUCCUCGUCCCCUACAGGCUGUCAGGCAUGCGAGAUCCCACUGGAUACAAAUGUUGUCCGCAUUACCGAUGCCACCUGGAGACCAAUGGCGGACAUGUUCUUAUGGCUUAGGCUUCGACGGUUUUCAACUACACACAGUCACAGAUACAAUUGGAUUGUAAUUCUAGCAGCCAGAGGACCGACUUUGUAGCUCCGUCACGCCACAGUGCGUUUUAGUUACAGGACUCAGGACUAAAGUCUCUGCACGUUCUUCUUUGUUUUUGUUUUUCUCUAAGGCUACAGCUAACCGACGGUGCUUAUUGGAUUGCGGAAGGAACCGUUGUGAACCAGAAUCCACCACUGAAGGAAAAACGAAACGUAUGAUUACGUACUUUGAAAUAUUUAUCAACAACGAGUGCUGGUGCGAAGGAAAAGAACGAGUGGUGCGAAAACAAUAGACCCAUACAGUAAACAAUGUAGCUUUCUUCAUCUCGAUGUUCAUUUACCGCAUAUCCACCCACUACAGGCCCAGUGUUUCGAUGUCAUCAAGAACAAAGACGGCAAGUACUAUCUAGUCGGCAAAGAGCGUUCUGACGUCGGCGCGCAUGUGGCCAGCAACAUUUGUGUCUUCCGGAAGGGUGAUUUCGCGUUACGCAGUGGCCAACUUUGCACAGUCGUUUCCGUAGGGCACUCUGAGGACCCGCCUUUUCUUUCUUUGCAGAUUUUAGGAGAAAACAAGGAAGUCGGAACAGAGCUCAGUCGGUGCGAGAAAGUCACUUACGGACAAGGAUUGCAGUGGAAAAGGUGCCUUUAUGAUGCACUCUUCGAGUAAUAGAAGGAAAGACCACCACGCAGGCGCACAACUACGUCAAAAGUUGCUAAAUAGUACUAUCGCACUUCUUCUCAUUAUCCACCUCCACCGAAAAAUACCCGCCACAACAGGCAAAUCGAUCGCAACGAGAUAAAGAAUGAAGGCCUUGCAGUGCCAAGAGCUGGGGGACGUGAUCGUGGUCCCGCUGAUAGAUGGUCCGCGGCUGCUGCAUUCUCUUCGGGAACGCGACCGCCUACCGGAAGUCAUGUAGCUCAAAAAUGAUAGGACGAUUACUGACAAAAUAGAAAUUCUGAAUUUCCAAACUGCUCUAUUUCCUCAGGAAUUUGACUAGUAAACAGAACUCGUCCGACACUCGUGGCACAUUCAAAUUCGUUAGUGAUAAUGAACACCACUAAACAGAACUCCUCCGACACUCGUGGCACAUUUGGCGGCCCAAGAUAUGGCUACGGCAGCCGCAGAUACGACGACUAUCGCGGUCGUGAUGGCGGUGGAUCUUCUUAUCGUGGAGGCAGCUCUUUCGGACCCUACGAGGAUCAGAGAGGUCCACCUCGUGGAUCAUCAACCCAUAGUAGUGCGCGUGGAUCCUACCGGGAUCGCAGCUAUUACGAGAACUAUGGAGGUGGACCACGUGGAAAUGGUGGCAGUUCGAGUUACAGCAACAACUAUGGCGCGUCAGGAGGGGGAAGCGGGAGGCCGCCACUGUAUCCUUCUGACACCAGAGACCGGAACAAUUAUACUAGAGGAUCUUCAUCUUCCGACUACAACAAUGGAAGGUCUGACCGCUACAGCAACUAUUCUUCUAGUGCACGAGGUGGUGGAGGAUCAUACGAUUACAACAGUGUAGUUGCAGGUGGUCGAGGCUCGUCAUCUUCCAACAACGACAACUACAACUCGUCUGCGAGUUCCUACAAUUACCAGCCACCGGGAAGGAAUAGCUCAUACUUACCUACAACUACUUCUGGAUCGUCAUAUAAUUCCUCAUCCUUCCGAUCUGCUUUUGGAGGUGGAGGGGAACAUCAAUCUUCAGGAACAAUGCCUUAUUCUCGUAGCGACUACUCUUCGCGAUACGACACCGAAGACCUCUAUUCACGAACACCUGAUGGAGGAAAGAAAACAAAUGGUGGUGGAGCCGGUGGCCAGAAGAGGGACAUCCUUUCCGAACUUUUGAUGGGAGGUGGAGGGAUGCUUGGAGGUAAUGAUAAUGUGCAGGGUACUAGAAGUUCCACAUCGACAUCUGGAGGUGGACCAGCGUCUUCAAACGCAGCAGCACAAUUCCAGAGGCACGAGGAUGAACAAAGAAAAGUUCUCGAUCACAUCGUCCGCAAGGAAAUGAUGGGGAAUGAGAACUACAAACCUCCAACCUUCACUAGUGCGGAUAGUGAUCCGUAUGGCGGAGGCGGACCACAGGCUGAACAAGGAGCAGCAGCUCCUUGCGACAAGAACAAGCUCGGCAUAGAUGGCACAGUCACGCAACGAGUCCUGGCUGGUGGAGGACGUCUAGCGAUGGACGGAGUUAAAACCCUGACGGGAAAGAGCGUGGAGGUGGCGUCGGUGGCAGCUGGGAUUGUUAUGCGUCGAGUACAUUCCUUUUUUUUGUCUUUGUUUCACGAGUCGGAUUAUAGUAGGUGUUUGUCUUUGUUUCACGAGUCGGAUUAUACUAGUUCAAGAACACCUUGUUUAGCUGAAAUAAUCUAUACCCGAUCUGUAGCAUACAUGCAAAUCGUAUCCUAAACUUUGACUUUCAUUCCGAGGCAGUUCCAUGAAACACGACCACAAGAGCCAAGUUUGCUUUUGUAAACUUGCACUUCUCUAACCUCCGCGCAGAAGGUCUCAAGCUUGCUGCAGAGCUAGGCGCAGAAGGAAUCAAAACAGCAGCUAGUGCAGCAGCUACUGCUAGUGCUGAUGGUUUCCGGCAGUUCAUGGCUGACUUAGCUGCUCCAGACUCCCCAGACGACAUAAAGCAUCCGCAGCGACCACUUGGAUUGAUCUCCAAGGAUCCGCCACUUCACAGGAUAGGUCUACUAGGGGAAAGUAAAAACGAUAACCAAGUGACAGACUCGCAAUUCGGCACGCCUCACACGGGUGACAGCAAUCUGCCACCAGGUCUGAACACGUUUCACUCUUUCGACGCUUCGCCAGCUGGACCUAGGGAUUCUUUCGUCAGCGCGCCAGAGAAACCCCCCCUCAAGGAUGAUGAAGACCAAGAUGUAGUGGAUGUCAAAAGAAACAUCUUUGCUCAAGAACUCAAAAGUGCUGGAGGAGGUGGUGGAGGUAUAUCAUCUACUAGUACAUCUUCUACAACUGCGCAACAAGCAGGUGCCGAUGCGGCCAGCACCAAAGCUCCACCUGGCACAGGAGAUCAAGGCCCAGCGCAACAAGCAGGUGCCGAUGCGGGCAGCACCAAAGCUCCACCUGGCACAGGAGAUCAAGGGGCACAAGAUUCUCCCGAUGAACAGCACGAGUUCACACCAGCUUCCCUCGAGAACCAAGCCUUGGAGAAGGCGAUUUCAAAGUUAUCGAAGAGUAGGGAAUCUUCCAAAGAGAACAUUAAUGGCAAAAAGACAGCUGAUGUUGACAUGGACGAUCAUGCAGCUGGUAGUGGAGCAGGUGCUUCCUCUGGUGCAGGCGGAGACUCCUCAAAGAUGUCCGCAGAUCCUCGAGGUCGUGCGGUAAAUCUGAGUGCUUUGGAGUUGCUUUUUCCGGAUUUGGAUUCACCACCCACGACAGCUUGCUUUCCACCUGCAGCUAAGACAGCUUCUUCUCUUGCCGGUCCUCCUCCUGACGCCCAAGCCAAAAAUAUUUCUUCAAGUACUAGUACCACUUUGUCAUCAACAACAAAGAUGCCAUGUCCACCUGUGGUCACAAUGUCCUCUGGUGUAUUGUCAGAGGUAAAGAACGCAGAUGCAGUUGUCCUCCCAGCAGUAGUUUCAGGCAAUACUGUUAUGAAGAUCCAGCAAAGACAGAGUCCAGCACCAAAGUCCGAAGACCGUGGCGGUGGCUUUCGUAAGGUCCGAGCAGCAGACAUUCUAGAUGUGAUGGAGAAGAAGGAGAAAAAAUCCCGAGACCCUUCGGUCAGGUCUUCAUCCGAGGAUGCUAAGCAUAUUGAACAAAUGGGUGUCGUUCUUCGUCCUGGACAUGCUCCUGCGCCUAGUCCUCCCUCCCCUCCGUUCGGAGUUGUACCCGAAGAUGUUGUGCUUGGCGAGGAUGUUCUUCUUGAUCAAAAAGUACAAGAAGAAAGGCCAAAAAAAAGUACUUCUAAGUCCUCUGUGUCUGUGGAAGUCGAACAAGAGCAAGUAGCAGAGGUGCAAGAAGAAUCUCCGUCAAAGGUGGAGGCGAGGACAAAGAUGGAAGUCGACGAAGAAGUGGCACCAGUCUCUAGCACUCAUGAAGAUGAAGAGGAUGCUCCCGUAGCAUCUUCGUCUUCUAAGAAGAAAAGCGAAAAGACUACAUCUAAGACUACAGCUUCUGCUGCAAAGGAAAAAGCAAGUACUAAGCCAACUUCCAAAACCAAGUCCUCGGUGAUGAAAGCUAAUAAAACUGUGUCGUCUAUUAAGAAAAAAUCUGCGCCAGAGAAGUCUCCUACGAUAGCAAAAAGCGUGAUGAAAAAAGCUGGAGCCUCAGGACCCGCUACUCCUGCACCAAAACCAAAAGCUGCUGCAGCAUCUAAUCCCGGUACUACGGGUAAAACUCCAGCACGUGCGAUGAAAAAAGAGCCGUCUCCUGCGUCUUCACCAGCUGCUGCAGCUAAGAAAAGUGCGAUGAAGAAAGACGCACCUCCACCAGCUGUCGCUUCUUCGUCUUCUUCUAGUACUGCUAAAGCAAAAGCAAAGCAAGCACCCAAGACUAGCUCGUCAACGAGUUCUAGCAUGAAGAAAGACAAGCAAUCAGUAGCAACAACAACGAAGACAGGCAAGCCAAAACAGGUUCCAGCGGCAGCAAAGAAAACUCCUGUAGUUGCUAAAAAAGCACCAGCUGCAAAGACUAAACCGAAAGCCAAAGCCGUCAAGGCGGUGAUGAAAUCAGCGGAAAAAGCGAAGCCAGCUGCAGCUAUGAAAGCUGCUUCGAAAGGACGAAAAAAGUAA